GAACUGUACAUUGAUAGUAAUAGUGAAAACGGUAUACGUUGUCCAUGUAAACAAAGAGCAUCAUUGUAACGGUAUUUGUAGUGUUGAAUUCAUUCAAGCUGUCAAACCGAUUCGGAUGCAUUUCGCGAGCGGACAGUGAUGUGAACAUUACUGUGAAUCGUUUGGGAAGGCGUGGUCAUGAAUGUGAAACGUUUCGCUCGAAUGGAUGAAAUGUUUCAUAUGACAGUGCGCGGUCGCUAUGGAUACCGUAAAUGUAGCAAACAAUGGAUACACGUGAGCCUGAGAGCAAUAACUAGAUAGGCAGUUUUCUACGCUUAUGGAAUAUUAAUCAUGUUUUCUCGACAAAAAUGCUUCAAAACUGGAGUGUACCGCACGAAUGGACUAGUGAACAACUGGAAAUUCAGAAUAACCCUGAAGAAAAUUUAUUCUCUGAUAGAAAUCCCGCAAUUUGAUCAAUCUUCUGAGGCCAGCCUGUUCGACGAGCCAUCCAGCAAUGCAGAGGAACAAUUGGAUAUCACUUGGCAAGAAAAAGUGUUCAGUCAGUACGAAAUCGAGUACUAUGGCGUCAAAGAGAACUGCAGUAGUGAUUUGCAAAAGAGAUACCAUAAUGCAAUCAAGUCCUCCGGAUUGGCGGAUCGGGAAAAUCGAGGUAAAAUCUUCACCUACACCACAGACGAUAACUACGCAGCAGAUGACGAGCUUUGCCUGGCGACCCGAGUGAAUCGAUCACCCGUUGAGCCGGAAGAUGAUUACGAAAGCAUGUUCAUCAUGGCCGAUCUGGGAGCGGAAAUUGUCCUGUUUGCCAUUAAGUGGAAUGCAAAGGAGAACAUGCUGCUCGUGUAUCCCGAUUUCAAUUGUAUGGCCAUCAAUCCAUACUACAAGGAGAUUCAAGGUGAUAGUCGACAGAUGUAUCACUUCGGGAUUCAGGAUCUGAAUAGUAAGCUAAAACGCACUGUUUCGAGGGAGACUGUUCAGAUUCAGGAUGCGCUUAUGGUUAAGCUUACAAGAUUAACGCUCCGUGAAGAUCUUCUAUCUAAAGAUAAUUUUUCCUACCCUGAAAAUCACCAGCUGCAAUUUCUGGUGAUGCUUGAGUUGAUUUCUGGGGAAAACUUCUCAUACGAUAACACACACGUGCGGUUCACAUUCGACUUGCCGAUCGAAGCAAAAAUCGUCAACGGUUUCAUCGACGGUUGUACGCACAGCAGCAUGAAAACCGAUGGAAAGUGGCAAUAUUCUCAAUGCCACGAACUGCUUCUGAGAAUUCCGGAAAGAUUUGACAUCGGAGAGAGCAUUAAAGUGUAUUUUGAAGUUAUUUCUAUUGAUACUUGGCACCGGGAACGUUUACUGGGCAAUGCUGAUUUGAUCAUACCACUGGAAGCUCAAAUAUUGGAAACAACGUUGAAGUGCAUUAAAAUCGAGAAUAACCAAAGUUUCUACGAUAAGUUGGAAGCUUUCUUAGUUGGCGGUCGAAGAAAAAUCAACCUGAAGGAAUUCUUCGGACAAAAUGAUUCAGCAUUGCUCAAUCGCUAUGGAAGCUGCACGGAUAUGGCAGGGACACUCGCAAUUAAAUGUCACAUCAUGAGGCAGCAUAGGCCACAAAUAAUUCAGUUUACGGGACUGGAUGCGAAGAAGCAUGGGAAGUUCCGAACAAAUGUGGUGACAAUCGAAGAGCUGCUCAAAUCGUACCAAAGGGCUCGAGAGAGAUUGGAGGAGGUAGUGAAUCUUAAAUAUUAAAGGAUUAGCUGAUAUCAAAAAUA